CUUCCUCACACAGCACGCUUGUUUCCUGGUCGUUGCUAACAACCUGCUGCCUGCUACUUGGUAUGUCCACUAUCCGCUCGUGCGUUGACGCUUUCCCGCUGUAGUGGUUUUGAGAUGUCCGUAAGAUGAAGCCGUGUCGACGCUGAGUGCUGUGGGACUCUCAGCUCCGUGCUGGCUGCAUGGUGCCCCGUGUCUCUCUGCUUGCUUUCUGACGCUUGAGGUUUGCAGUCUGGCCUCCAGCCGCGGCUGCGAAUUAACUUCAUUUCUCAGCGUCGCCUUGCUCCGAAAACCUGUUUCUUUUAUAAAGAUGGCGGCGAGGAGGACACUGUGAACUAAAUGACUGUCAGAAACAUCGCCUCCAUUUGUAAUAUGGGCACCAAUGCCUCUGCUCUGGAGAAAGACAUCGGCCCGGAGCAAUUUCCAAUCAAUGAACACUACUUUGGAUUGGUCAAUUUUGGAAACACAUGCUACUGUAACUCGGUGCUCCAGGCUCUCUACUUCUGCCGGCCUUUCCGGGAGAAUGUGCUGGCUUACAAAGCCCAGCAGAAGAAGAAGGAGAACCUGCUCACAUGCCUGGCUGACCUCUUCCACUCCAUUGCCACACAGAAGAAGAAAGUGGGCGUCAUCCCGCCCAAGAAGUUCAUCUCCCGCCUACGGAAAGAGAAUGAUCUGUUCGACAACUACAUGCAACAGGAUGCCCACGAAUUCCUCAACUACCUGCUGAACACGGUGGCCGACAUCCUGCAGGAGGAGAAGAAGCAGGAAAAGCAGAACGGGCGCCUCAAGAACAAUGGCACCGCCGUCACCACGGAGACCGAGACGGAGAACAAGACAGAGCCCACAUGGGUUCACGACAUCUUCCAAGGCACACUAACCAAUGAGACCCGCUGCCUCAACUGUGAAACGGUAAGCAGCAAAGAUGAAGAUUUUCUGGAUCUUUCUGUGGAUGUGGAGCAGAACACGUCAAUAACACACUGCCUCAGGGACUUCAGUAACACAGAGACGUUGUGCAGUGAAUACAAAUACUACUGUGAGGCAUGCUGCAGCAAGCAGGAAGCACAGAAACGGAUGCGCGUCAAGAAGCUUCCUAUGAUCCUGGCACUACACCUGAAGAGGUUUAAGUACAUGGAGCAGCUGCACCGCUACACCAAGCUGUCCUACCGGGUGGUGUUCCCCUUAGAACUCCGUCUGUUCAACACGUCCGGGGAUGCGGUCAACCUGGAUCGCAUGUACGAUCUAGUAGCUGUGGUGGUUCACUGCGGCAGCGGCCCGAACCGAGGCCAUUACAUCACCAUCGUGAAGAGUCACGGCUUCUGGCUGCUGUUUGACGACGACAUUGUGGAGAAAAUUGACGCCCAGGCCAUCGAGGAGUUUUACGGGCUUACCUCAGACAUCUCCAAGAACUCUGAGUCAGGAUACAUCCUCUUCUACCAGUCCAGGGAGUGACUGGAGCUGGAUCAGGGACACAGCAGAAGACUAAAAUAGGACAACACUUUUUUCUUCUUUUUUUUUUUAAACCUUCAGCCUAACAGACCCCGACUCCUGCCAUCUCCAUCCCAUCCUAUUCCCAUCCUCCAAGUCCGACCUCGUGCCAAUCCUCUGUCCCAUCCCUAACCUCUGGCUUUACCUGUGCUUCAUCUCUCUCUCCGGGUAACUUGUUUCUUGCCUUUUAGUCACCUGCAUCUGGACUGCACUUUAAAAACGAAAGCAAAAAGAAAAGCUCAACAGCAUGACAAAAAAGGUGUCAAUGGAGUCCCACACACACAGUGUAGACCAGUGGGAGGAGCCUGCAGAGGUGAUUCUCCACCAGAUACGAGGUGGGGUUGAAGGGUCUCGUGCAACACAGACUGUUGUCAGAAAUUGUUCAAAUGAUUUAUAUGUGUAUAUAAGGUCUUCUUCCAUGAUGCGUCACCCUUGUUUAGUUCCUUUCAUUAGGGCUAUUUCCCCAUCACUGUUCAGUCCGGUGAUAUGUUCCUGUCCCUGGCAGAUGCAUGAGAAGAGAAUCAAGUUGGAGACAGACACGGUAUGAUGGACAGAUUUCAUGCAUUUACGAUGGAUUAGAAGCAAUAUCUGAGCACUAAUUAGAGAGCACUCACAAGUAGGCCUGCACGAUCACAAUGUUUUAGCUUACAAGUGAUGUCACGAUUCUCUGCCACGAUUUUAGUUUUCACGAAGUGCAAUGUUUAUUGACCACGUGAACAAUGAAAAACUGAACAAAUUGGCAGUACCAAACAGAUUUUAUGUGGCACCUAUAGCACAUUGCGCAUCACCACAAGCCUGUGACUCGAUGAAGAGAAGGGAGAGCAAUGCAGCGCUCGGGAGCGCUUUAAAACCUAUUUUAUACAGUCUUAGUUUAAAACUCACAGAAGAAAAUAGUAGCGUUUGUGAUGCAGUUGGCUCUUAAAAUUAAAUAGUCAAAGUUAUUUAAAAAAACAAAAAUUAUUUAAAAAUUGUGAAUCGAGAUUGCGAUUGUAUAACAAUCUACGUGCAGGCCUACUCCCAAGCUAAAAAAUAAACGACCUAAACCUCUGCUGAAACUGUUGACCGUACAGAGGUGGUUUGUCCCAUGGAGAACCCGUCUGUGAGCCGCUGUCUGCUUAAACUCACGUCAGACAAUCAGAUAUGAUCAACCCUUAAUCCAAGCGAUCCACGUGCUCCAACACUACACCCGAAAGGAAAUCCUGCUGGUUUCUGAUGGAUCUCCAUUCCAUUCAGCUGAAUCUUUAUACGUUUCAGUCAGAUAGAAAACCCAUAUUUAUUGUACUUAACAUAUUUAUUUCUUUUAUGUGUAGUGCGGACUGGUAGAUAAUGAAGGUUGAUGUGUAAAAUGGCUCUUUUGAGAGCUUUGUAAUGUAAGACCCUUCUGUCUGAGCUCUGUGUGAAGGACACGGUGUAUGUAAUACACAACUUAAAGCUGGGGUAGGCUGUUUGUUUUGCGUCAUUGGGCAAAGAUUCUAUAAGAGUCUUUUAAUAUUGCAAUUCAAGUGGUCUGA